UCCUCCUCCUCCUCCGCCUCCGGCGCGGCCCCGGCGGCCCCGGACAAGCUGGAGGUGUCGGGCCCCGGGCCCCCGCCCGCGCAGGCCGGACCCGGCCGGAAGCAGCAGGCCAAAGCCGGUCUGCAAAUGAAGAGCCCCGAAAAGAAGCGACGGAAAUCCAACACUCAGGGCCCGGCUUAUUCCCACCUGACGGAGUUCGCCCCGCCCCCGACGCCCAUGGUGGACCACCUGGUGGCCUCCAACCCCUUCGAGGAUGACUUCGGGGCCCCGAAGCUGGGGGCCGGGGGCGGCCCCCCGUUCCUGGGCGGGCCGGGGCCCUACGCGGGCUUCCGCGUCCAGCCGGGGGCCGCGCUGGCCGGCCAGGUGCCCCCGGGCUACGGCGGGGGCGCGGGGGGCGGCGGGGGGGCGGGGGGCCGCCGCCCCCCCCAGGCCUUACGCCGCCAGCCCCCUCCCUUCCCCCCCAACGCCCUGGGCCCGGCCUUCGCCCUCCCGCCCCAGGGCCCGGCCUACGGGCCCGGCGGACCCCCCGGCCCGGCGGCCGCCAUGAACUUCCCCGCUCAGCCCUUCGGGCCGGCGCUGGCCCAGAACUUCAGCCCCCCGUCCGGCCAGCUGGGGCCCGGGCCGGUGGGCGCCUUCGGCCCCAUGAUGUCCCCCGCCGUGGCCGGCCAGCCCCCGCCGCCCCCGGCCCCGCCGCCCCAGCGGUUCGCGCAGCAGCCCCCGAACCCCUUCGGGCCCCUGCCGCGGCCCGGCCUGCCCCCCCGCCGCCGCCACCCGCCGCCGGACCCUUCCCCCGGCCCCGACUUCCCCCCGGCCGGCGAGGACGGCGGCGUCGGCAAGGCCCUCCCGGCGGCGGCGGCGGCCCCGGCUUCGUCCCCCGAGCCGCACGGCGGCUCCCCCGUCACCGCGGCGGCCGUGAACGGGGCCCCGGCCGGCUUCUCGGCGGCCCGGGGGGCGGCGGGCACGCCGGACGCCAACAACCCGCCCGCCGGGGCACCCCCGGCCCCCGCGCCUCCGGCGGGCCUGGUGUACCCGUGCGGGGCGUGCCGCAGCGAGGUGCACGACGACCAGGACGCCAUCCUGUGCGAGGCCUCCUGCCAGAAGUGGUUCCACCGCGAGUGCACGGGCAUGACGGAGAACGCCUACGGGCUGCUGACCACCGAGGCCUCGGCCGUCUGGGCCUGCGACUUCUGCCUGAAGACCAAGGACAUCCAGUCCGUCUACGUCCGCGAGGGCCUGGGCCAGCUGGUGGCCGCCAGCGACGGCUGAGGCCGCGGGCCGGCCCCCGCUCGAUCGGUGGAGAAGAGCCCGGGCUUUGGAGUCAGCGGUCGGGGGUUCGAAUCCCGGCUCCGCCACCUGUCUGCCGUGUGAC